AUGUUCAUUGCAACUCAAAGCAACUCUAGAGAGACUGCUGGGGAUGCAAUUUUCAAUGCAAUUUUCGAAGCAACCCCGAGCCUACAGACACUGUUCAAGUCCCCACGCCCAGUGAUGGCAUUGAAGUUCUGCUCAGCACUGGUGGGCCUGAUCAAUGCGGCCCCAAAGCCGGGAGCAUUGAAGACUGCAGUGGAGACAAUAGGAUUUCAGCACUUGGAUGUGGAAGUAACCGCUCCUCGCAUGGAUGUGUUCCGAGAAGCUAUUUUGGAACUCUUUGAGCAGGAAGUUGGGCCAAAAUUCACCACCAAAGCUCGCUUUGGUUUCCAAAUUCUCCUGAACUACACCGGUGGUGCUCUGAUUUUCAUCAGACGCGAGUAUGCCAGCCGGAUCCGAAUCAUUCAAAACAGCUGGAAAUCUGCCAAUACGAAGGCAGCAGGGAUAACGGAUGUGCGAGAAGUGAUGGCAUCGCCGAAAAAGGAGAAGGGCGCAAAUUCUGACAAAUGGGAAGACGAGUCUGAAGCAGAUGUGGAUCUGGAGCUGGCAGAGAUGACAAAGACUACGGAGGGAAUGAUGGUGCCCAACUCCUUCAAUGACAUGUUUCUCUUCAAUGCGGCAGUGAUGGGCUUGAGCAAUAACGACUGGAUGAUUCUGAUCUUAGAUCAGUUGGAUGCCAUUGCCUUAAACGUUGCCAACCCAUACCGCUUGCAAGAGGAAUGUGACGUCUUGGCGUUGGUGCUAUCAAGAUACCAAGGUAGUUUUGUCCUGUCGGAGUUCAAGGCGGUGGUCCUAGCCUCUCUGAGGUCGUUGGUCUCCACCGAGUGGGAUUCUGACCAUGAGGUUGCCUGGAACUGGCUUUGGCAGAACGUGGAGCGCCUACUGAAGCAGCUUCUUGGAAAGCCACCAGUGCACGAGAAGGCCUUGACAGAAGUGCUCACGAGACUACCAGAGGAGUCGAUGACACAGCUCCGACAAGAAUUUUUCUUGAACUUCUUCAGGUUGGCGCCCACCGGCCAAGACUUUUUUAAGCAGUCGCUUACCAGGUUGUACUUCAUCGCAGACAAAAUCAUCGAGCUGUGUAGUGAGAUCUACCGGCAGCCGCGGGCGAUGGUGGAGGACAUUAGUGGCCUCGGUUUGCGUCACGUGGGCUACGCCAUUCCUGCCGAGCUCUUUGCUCCUUUCGUCAGCUCUGCCGUGAAGGUCUUCAGCACAGUCACCACCAACGAGACAGCCAUCGCAGGCUUCACUUGGGCAAUGCAACUGGUCUCCAAGAUCUUGGUCCGCGCCAUUUCUGAGGGCUCGACUGUUGUUAUGAAAGCCAUCAGUACAAACGAUGAAAUCUCGAUGAAGAAAGCCAUGGCCACCUCUGCACGUGGAAAGCGAGCUCAGGAGCUCCUGAACAUUUCCGUUGGUGCUCAAUCAAUCUCUCCCUUCUACUGGUCCAUCCGUAGUGGCAAUCUGAACAGCGCAAGGGCGAUCCUUCAAGACCUGUUGACCAUCCGAGCAGAUCGUGAUGUAUAUUAUUAUGCUUGCGACGAUUUGUUUGUCCGCCAUCCUGAUGUGGUGAAGUAUUUAAUGACAGAUGUGCCUGCCUUGCUCCAGACCCUGUUCAAUGGCCUAGUGUGGAGGUCAAGAUGGAUCAGCAAAGGUCUUCGCAGGGUGAAUUACUAUGUAAAGCACCUUGUGCAGGACCUGGAUGGUCAGCCCAGUGAGACAUUGUCUUGGCUGGAGGACUAUGGGGAUCCAAAUCUCAUCAGCCAUGAGACUGUGGUGAUGGUAACGGACAUUUUGUGGGAAGGUAUCAAGUUUCGCUUCCUACGACGCAAGAUUUUCUUCUUAUGGUCAAUUUGUCUAUAUUUGGUGAGCCAGUCCAUUUUAUCAGCACUGGAACGCACGGAAGGAAUCCAAGCGGCGAUUUUUGUCUGUCGCACAUUGAUCUAUGCCACGGCCGUUCCGAAGCUGUUGUAUGACCAGGUGAAGCUAGUUUGUGAAGACUGCAAGACCGGCUACAUGAACCGGGCUUGCCGCAUACCAAUUCCACAAUCUUUGCUUGAGUGGCAAGGCGGUGGUUCUUUGAUUUUGCUUUGGUUGCUCAUUGUAAUGUGUAGCCUGGAGCCAUUCUAUUGGUGCAUGGCGGCUGGGACAGAGGAGCUUUUCUCUGACACUUGCGAGCAGGGUCAAGAAUUCAAGCGGAUCUAUUCAACUUUCUCUUGCUUGGCCAUGAUGCUCUACUGGAGCUUGCUUUUGAGCAUGAGUGUUUUCCACAUGCCUUUUGGCGGCUAUUUUUUUUUGUGGUUAAUGCUGUGGUGCUACCCAGAAGGUUUUCUUUGGAUGUUAUUUUGUUGUGACAUGUUGUCACCACAUUUGCACCGGAACUUGGUAUUGGCAGCUUGA